AUGAAAUCUCCUGCAGAAUGUCAACGAACGAGACUUCAACAAAUCCUAUCUACACCAAAUUUACUUGCUUCGUUUGAAGUCUAUUUACAACGUAUGGAAGCUCAUGAAAACCUGCUCUUUAUCGAAGCAUUAUCACAACUACGUCACGAACAGCACCUUUCAAAUGUAGAAUCCAUUGUUCACAGAAUCUGGCGGACCUUUAUUGCUCUUGGUUCACCAUUGGAAUUAGAUAUCAAGGACGCAAAAGCAAUCGGAAGUGCAAUUGAAGCAAUGCGAUGGGCAAUUCUCACAAAAGAGAAGGCCCUUGACAUCUUUAGUGAAGCAGAACGAGACGUUAGAGAAAGUUUGGAAAAAAUGGUAAUUGAUUUUGACAAGAUCCAUAUCCACCCUGUCACUUCUUCAUUAGCAACUCGUUCUCAGAAAAAAGUUGCUAUUAUUGGCGGUGGAUUUACGGGUUUCACGGUUGCCUCCAUCUUGGACCCUAUGCCACGUUUCCACGUGACUUUGAUAGAUACCAAAGAUUCAUUCGAAUACAGCCCUGGUAUGAUCAAGAUGCUUGUUCGCCCUGAAGAUACGUCAUCACUUCGAGUCAGACACAAUGCUUAUGUUAAAAACGGCAGAGUGGUUAUUGGGUGCGCAGAAAGAAUAGAACAAGAUGCUACUGCUGUCCGCGUGAAUGAUGAACUGAUUCACUUUGACUACCUCGUAAUUGCAACUGGAAGUACAUACAGAUCAAAGCUAAAAUCGUUUGAUAUCUCUGCACUCUACCGCAUGUCAGAAUUGGUCAAUGAACACAAUGAUCUCAAAAAGGCCAACAGUGUUCUAAUUAUUGGAGGCGGACUUGUCGGCUGUGAAUUGGCAAGCGAGAUCUCUCUGCAUGACUUCCCACCUCCUUACAGAAGAAAGAAGCGUGUGACCCUAGUAGAAUCUCAUGAUGAUCUUGUGCGUCGCAGUUCCUCAAAGCGUCGGGAACGAGCAUUUGACUACCUGACCCGCCUUGGUGUCGAGGUUAUCUGCGGAGAGAAGAUCGUCGAUUUUGACACCGGAGAACAAAACACAUAUCUUGGAUCCAGCGGCCACGUUUAUCGCAACUACGACAAGGUCUAUCUGGCGACCGGCACCAUCCCAAGCAGUGGUUUGCUCCAGGGCGCAGGCGACGUCGGCUUUGAGUCCUGUGUAGAUCUCUGGGACCGCAUCCGUGUCAAACCUACUUUACAGCUGGAUCACUGGAAGUACCAACACAUCUUUGCAGGUGGAGAUGUCACCAAUGUUGAUGAAGAAAAAACCGGUUUUGCUGCCACCCUGGCUGGUGUCUGCAUUGCCCGAAACAUCUGUCGUAUCGAAAAGGGGAAGGCACCUUUGCGCCAGGGCGCCAAAGGUACUGCUCCCGCUCCUCUCAAACCUCUUCAUGGUAUUGGUGCCAAUGGUGGUAUCGGUAGACAACAAAUGAGCUCUAUCAAGCGUACAUUUGCAUUCCUGAAUCCUACCUGGGCAGCACUCAAGAGUUUUGAUGAACAGCAGUUCCUUCGAAUUGUCCAAGGCGAGGCAGCAGCAUCGUCUCUAGCAAUCGGCAAAAAACCCAAGAAACUCGACCUCACUUCUCACCAGAGACAUCGCACCGACUCCCCACACGGCAGCCUCUCUCAAUCAUCUUCGCGUGUCACAGUUGCCAAUCUUUCUGGAAUCGAUGUUCUGUCUACCCGCGGUAGUGAUGACUCGGACAGUCUGAGGACCUACCUCUGUGCCAACAACCUGUUUGAUCUUGAUAUGACCUUUGAAGACUUUAGCGAGUCUACGGUGAACUCUGUAUAUGGUGAUGACACCAGUUAUAUUUCGGAAGCAAACAAGAGCAAGGCUGUUGACUGUUUUGCAAUGGCAAACGUCGCUGCUGCUGCUACUGCUGCCGCCACUGCUGCUAUUUCAAGAUCAGGAAAAUCUUCAGCAAAGUCUUCAACAAAAUCUACUCGCUCAUCCAUCUCGGGUUCUUCUCUUCUUGAAAAGAAACUUCAAUAUAUAUGCUAA